AUGUUUCCACGGCAGACCAAAUCAGUCUACGCUCAUGUGAAUGGAUCGGCGAUCAGCGAUCAGCUGGCCAGAUGGCGUCUCCAACUAACGCUCAUUUUUGCACCCAUCUUUCCACUUGAUACUUGGUAUUUUGCAUUUUAUCCACCUCAUCCCAGGCUGUCGGCAGUCUCUUGUGACACUGCUGGCUCAGGGUGGUCAUGUACCACUGACCCAUAUCUUGCUGACUGGCUGGUAGAAAGAGAGCCCACCAAAUCGAGGCGCCAAUUUACGUGUAGGCCAUACAGUCGGUCCAAUCGGGCUCCGAGACUGUGCUUUAUGUCCACAUCAGCCAGCCUGUGGGUGUGA